AAUCGACAAGGGAUCGUAAGGCAUUAUAAAAUGGGGAAGGUUGGAUAGAAACUAAGAACUUUGAGGUUGCUUAUUUAAAUGAGUUUGGUAGAAAAGAAAAAAUAUCAUUCCAAGCAGAUAAAUUUUUCAAUAGUUGGUGGGGAUGGUACAUCAUUUUAAGUCAGACGGGCAUGCGUGCUGGACGAAGAAAAAGAGAAGGACGUCUACAUAUCGAGUGACGAGCCAGAGCGCAGUCGUUGUAUCGCCGCGUCUUAUAAUCGUCUUUCUACGAUGACAAUGGUAUUCGAAGAUGACUUAAAUUAUGCCAUUGGUUGGAACCGGCUGAGCCUACAAAUACUUGGUGUAUGGCCGGAUUGGAAGGACAAUGCAAGUGAUCCUACCUUAUCGAAAUAUUGGUUCCUACUGCAUUCGUUUUUUAUGCUGGGAUUUGUCACUCUACCACAGUCGGCAUAUCUUUUGAUGAUAUGGGGUGACGUAGAUCUGACGACAGAGAUUUUGGCGACGGGAAUCGUCCCGGUAUCCAUGUCUUGCAUAAAGUUGUUGUUCGCACGAUAUUAUUUGGAAUCUCUUAGACCACUUCUCAGUUCCUUCGUCGAAGAUUGGAAGAGAUCGAAAACCGAGGAUGAGAGAUCGGUCAUGUUGGUUAACGCUAAAAAGGCAAGAAUCAUAUCGAUAUGGUGUACGACAUUAGGACAUUUUAUGACAUCGAUUCUCAUUCUACCUCGAAGCUUGAUGAUCGCGCAAAUGCAAAGAGAUCAAUUCGAUCCCCCAAGUACGGUCGUUUAUCCCGCUUAUUUUCCAUACGACAUUAGUGGAACUUCAGCUUUUUUAAUUUCCUGUUUCGGACAAAUCGUAGCGGCGUAUAGCGCUACCGUAUCAUAUGUAGGAGUAGACACGUUUAUCACAAUGCUCGUCCUUCAUGCCUGCGCACAAAUUACCAAUCUCAGGCAUGCACUUGAAAAUCUAUCGAACGGCACGAGCGAAAUAGCCAAUGAGUUUACAACAAAAUUGACGUGGAUCGUAAAGAGACACGAACAUCUCAACUGGUUCGUCAAUCGAAUGAUCAUUUUUAUUUUAUUGAUGAUGCAACACGAUGCCUUUCAAUUAGUUCGCAUAAUGGAACACGAUGGGGGUGAUUUUCCCAUAGAACGAUUGGUUUUUAUUGUAUUGUUUUUAGUUGUUAUCUUGGUACAACUCUAUCUAUAUUGUUACGUUGGGGAAAUGCUUAUCGUUGAGAGUUCUGCAAUGGGCACGUCAGUGUACGAGUCGCAGUGGUGCACGUUGUCUCCAAAAGAUGCACGAAAUAUCAUUUUCGUGAUGCAUCGAUCUUCUAUACCAUUUCGUUUAACGGCCGGAAAAUUCGGCACUUUUUCGAUGGAAAUGUUUAGCAGCAUUUUAAAAACUACAAUUGGAUAUCUUUCGGUGUUAUUAACGGUAACGGAAAAAAAGGAUUAAUUUACAAAAAAUAAUAAUAAAUAAAAUAGUGAUAAAAUAAAUUGAGGGGUUG